AUGGAACUAAACAACCUCUCGAGUAAUUGGCGAAAGCUUCAAGAAACUCUGAAGAAAGACAGUCCCCCCACCGCCCAAAAACGCAGGGCAAAUACCUCCGCGACGAGCCAUGAAGUGAAGAGGAAGAGAACAUCAUUAUCGUCACCAUCAAUAACCGGUAACAGAUGCGAGAAGGGUGAAAAGUUUUCCAAAAGGAGGAAGAUGGGCUUGGUGCUGUCAACGGAUGCCAACGGGGAAGAAUCAGAAAAGCGUUCUAUAACGACUCUUUCGCAACGGAAUGGAUCUACAACUUCAAUAGUGCAGACACAAUCAAAACCUUCUAGCGAAGCGAAGGUUAACGAAGGGAUAUCUCCGACCACGGAGGUGGGGAAAUAUAUCGCUAUCGACUGUGAAAUGGUGGGCGUGGGGCCGAAUCCCGAUCGCGACUCGGCUCUAGCCCGCGUGAGUAUCGUCAACUACAAUGGUGAACAAGUGUACGAUUCGUUUGUCCGGCCGAAGGAAGCGGUGACGGACUGGCGAACACACAUAAGCGGGGUGUCAGAAAAACACAUGGCGGACGCCAGAGAAUUUGAAGUAGUCCAAAAAGACGUGGCAGGAAUCCUGGAUGGAUGCAUUUUGAUAGGGCAUGCUGUCCGAAACGAUUUAGACGCCUUGCUCCUGAGCCAUCCGAAGCGUGAUAUCCGGGAUACCAGUAAACACCCUCCGUACCGGAGGAUUGCUGGUGGUAGCUCACCACGUCUAAAGAUAUUAGCUUCUGAGCUAUUAGGUUUAGAAAUACAAGGAGCUGCCCAUUCGAGUGUUGAGGAUGCGCAGGCAACGAUGCUUCUUUUCCGACGAGACAAGGAAGCGUUUGAGAGGGAGCAUGCGAAGAAAUGGCCGCCUAUACGUACACCCACGGACAAAGAUGGUCAGAAGGCCGACAGUAGUGCGAAGAAAAGGAGGAAUGGAAAAAAGAAAAGGGGGAAGAAAUAG